AUGUCGAGAGAGAACGUCCAUAGCACAAAGGGGUUAGAGGAACAAUGGAAAAAGUUUAGGUUAACAGAGGAGGAAGAAGAGAUAGUGGAGGUGAGCUGGAAAGGAGACGAGGAGAUAGAUCGUAAAGGGGAAAGAAGCUUAAUAGGAAAGGUCUGCUCUGACAGAUCAGUGAGCAAAACUCUGAUAAGCAAUACUAUGGCAAAGAUUUGGAGAAUAAGCAAAAGGGCAACAUUUCUAGAAGUGGAGAAAAAUACUUUCAUUAUCACUUUUGAAACACAUGCAGAUAUGUAUAGAAUCCUAGAUGGGAAACCGUGGACUUUCGACUCCGCUCUGUUCCUUCUGAGUCGGUAUGAAGGGAAGAAACGGCCAGGUAACUUUGUCUUCGAUAAGGAAACUUUCUGGAUGCAAAUUCACAACCUUCCACUGGGAUGUAUGUCGCUGGAUUGGGGGACUCAGAUAGGGAAGUCAGUUGGCAAAGUUAUCGAGGUGGACGUAGAAGAGGACGGCAUAGGAUGGGGAAGGAGCCUCCGAGUGAAAGUUGAGCUACCAUUGUACAAGGCUAUCCCACGGGGUCGAUUCAUCAAUACAGAUCAGUCAAAGCAGUGGGUCCAUUUCCGUUAUGAGAAUCUACCCAAAAUUUGCUUCAGAUGUGGGUGGAUCCUUCAUAAAGAAAUGGGAUGCCAGGCUCAAUAUGGUGAGGAAGAAGGAGACGCGGGAACAGAGGCCCAGUUUGGGUCUUGGCUCAGGGCGGAAAAUGUUUAUAGAAGAUAUAUGUUUUCCUAUAAUGCAAACAAUGGAAGAAAGGAGCAUGGUUCAGGGGAAAACAAUAAUCAGGCAGAGUCGGGUGAAGACGAAGGCAACGAUGAAGGUGUACGGCAAGGCAGGGGCAGAACCAGAUCUCUAACACCCCAUUCGCCUUAG